AUGUUUUCUCUCCACAGCUCUAAAGACUUUCUUUUGAUCUUAUUUUCAGUCUGUGCGCUCAGCAGUUCAAUUAAUUCUCAGCCAACCUACAAUUACCACUUUUGUUUCGAUCAAUCAAAUGAAACCUUCAACGCCUAUUACCAAUCCAACCUCACGGUGCUGUUGGAGUUUUUAUCCUCUAAAGCUUCCCAAAACUACAGCUUCUACAACGAAAGCUCUAAUAUUGGCAUCUACGCCCUCUUCCUCUGCAGAGGUGAUGUUUCUAAUAGUACCUGCCAAACCUGUGUAAGCUACGCGAUCCGAGAUAUCACAACUCGAUGUCCAUCCAACAAAAGUGCCAUCAUAUGGUACGAUCAGUGCAUGUUACGCUACUCCGAUCUUAAUUUCUUUGGACAGGCACAGACAUCGCCAUUGUUCCUCAUGUAUAAUACCCAGAAUACGACUUCACCAGACCAAGCAAAUUUGUUCGCACGUUCUCAGUUGAGCAGUCUAAUAGAGGGUGCCAAUAAAACAGACAUGUUAUUCUCGACUGCUGAACAGAAAUUGACUAUUGAUGGUGGUACGUCUGUGACAGGCUAUGGGUUGGUGCAGUGUACUAGAGAUAUCGAUGGUGGUUCAUGCGGAGAGUGUUUAAGCGUCUUGUUGGAAACAGGCCAAAAAUGUUGCGAAUCCAAAAUUGGGUGGCGCAUCUCCGGCCCGAAUUGCUUUCUGAGGUAUGAAGCCUACUCUUUCACUGAGCCACCACCACCACCUCCACAGCUGCAGCUGCCGCCAUCCCAACCCGUGCCUGUAGCACCACAGCCGCUGCCUGAUGAUAAUGGAGGAAAGAAGACAACCAAGACAGUAAUCAUUGCUAUAUCAACAAUUGCAUCAAUCGCAGUAGUAGCUGCUCUCUUCGGUUUCUGGUUUUAUAAAUACUCUGGCGGGAGGAAACACGAAGAAGAGAGGGACACAAGCCAAGAAAUUCCGUUACAAAGUAAUUUUCCAAGGUUACGUUCAAUACAAUUAACGGACAGCGGAAUGCAUGUAAGGAAUGUUGACGACAGUGGAGAAAUGCUUUACUUCGAUUUAAGUACCAUACUGACUGCUACAAACAAUUUCUCCGAAGUGAAUAAGCUUGGAGAAGGUGGUUUUGGCCCAGUUUAUAAGGGCUUGAUAAAUGGAAAGGAAACUGCAAUUAAAAGGCUUUCAAUGAAAUCUAAACAAGGUCUUGAAGAGUUUAAGAAUGAAGUGAUUUUAAUUGCAAAACUUCAACACAAUAGUCUUGUGAGGCUCUUGGGAUGCUGCUCAGAAGGAGAUGAACAGAUUCUAGUCUAUGAAUACAUGGCCAACACUAGUCUUGAUGCCUUUUUGUUUGAUCCGAAAAAAUGUAAGGAACUAGAUUGGGCUAAACGCAUAAACAUUGUCAAUGGGAUCGCUAAAGGCCUUCAAUAUCUACAUGAAGACUCUCGGCUGAAAAUCAUCCAUAGGGAUAUGAAAGCGAGUAAUGUGCUUUUAGAUGAUGAGAUGAACCCAAAGAUAUCAGAUUUUGGCACUGCUAGGAUGUUUGGGAGAAAUCAAAUAGAAGCCAACACAAUCAGAAUCGUGGGCACAUAUGGAUACAUGGCACCAGAGUAUGCAAUGGAAGGGCUAUUUUCAAUAAAGUCUGAUGUUUAUAGCUUUGGAAUUCUAAUGCUUGAAAUUAUUAGUGGAAAAAGGAAUAGUGGCUUUUAUCAUCCAGAGCGGGCACAAAGUCUUCCAUCAUAUGUAUGGCGACUAUGGAAUGAAGGCAAAGGAGUGGAAUUGAUAGAUCAGACCAUAGUUGAUACUUGUCCUAUAAGUGAGGCUUUGAGAUUGAUCCAUAUUGCAUUGUUAUGUAUUCAAGAAGAUCCAAAUGAUAGACCUACCAUGUCAAGGGUCCUUCUCAUGCUUGCAAGCAAAUCGAUAAAUCUUCCUCAGCCAUUAGCUCCUCCAUUUUCUGUAGGUAGGUUAAUACUAUCCGAUCAAUCUACAACUACUGGGACCGGAACGGGAUUUGUCAUAUCUGACCAAUCUUCAACAAGUGCUUCUGGCUAUUUUUCCGCAACUCUGGCUGGUGGUGAUGCAUCUCGCGAUGGAAAGCUCUAUGAAUUGAAGCCUAACGUAAGAGUUAAAAUGUUUUCCCUGCACAACUCGAGAGCCUUUCUUUUAAUAUUAUCUGCAGUAUGUGCGCUUACCAGCUCCAUUCAUUCCCAGCCAACCUAUAAUGACCACAUUUGUUUAGAUCAAUCGAAUGAAACCUACAACACCUAUUACCAAUCCAACCUCACGGUGCUGUUGAAGUCGUUAUCAUCUAAAGCUUCCCAAAACUACAGCUUCUACAACGAAAGCUCAAGUAUAGGCAUCUACGCCCUCUUCCUCUGCAGAGGUGAUGUUUCUAAUAGUACCUGCCAAAGCUGUGUAAGCUACGCGACCCGAAAUAUCACAACUCAAUGUCCAUCUAACAAAACUGCUAUCAUAUGGUUCGAUCAGUGCAUGUUACGCUACUCUGAUGUUAAUUUCUUUGGACAGACGCAGAUAUCGCCAAUGUCGCUCAUGUAUAAUACCCAGAAUACUACUACACCUGAACUAACUAAUUUUUACGCACUUGGUCUAUUGUACGAUCUAAUAGAUCGUGCCAAGGUAACUGAUAUGCUGUUCAAAAGUGAUAGUCAGACAGUGCAGUUGAGUGAUGGGUCCAAGAUAAGUUAUGGGUUGGUGCAGUGUACAAGAGAUAUCGAUGGUCCUUCGUGUGGCCAGUGCUUAAGCAACUUGAUGGAUACAGCCGAGACAUGUUGCCAAGCCAAGAUAGGGUGGCGCAUUUUAAGCCCAAGUUGCUUUCUGAGGUAUGAGAACUACUCUUUCACUGAGCAGUCACCAGCAAAACCACUGCCGCUGCCACCAGCCCAAUCCAAUUAUUAUUAUUAUUAUCAGAAUGGAGGCGAAAAGAAGGCAACAAAGAUCGUAAUCAUUACUAUAUCAUCAGUUGCAUCAAUUGCCAUAGUUGCAGCUCUCUUGGGUUUCUGGUAUUAUUCAUCCUUUGGCAGGAGGAAAAGACAAGCAGGUUUGUUUUCAAUACACUUAAUGGAUAGUAGUAUCUAUGGAAAUGACAAUGACAACAGAGGAGAAAUCUAUUACUUCAACUUAAUUACCGUACUGGCUGCUACAAACAAUUUCUCUGAUGCCAAUAAGCUUGGAGAAGGUGGUUUCGGCCCAGUUUACAAGGGCAAGUUGAUUAAUGGAAAGGAAAUAGCAGUUAAAAGGCUUUCAAUGAAAUCCAAACAAGGUCUUGAAGAAUUCAAGAAUGAAGUGAUUUUAAUUGCAAAACUUCAACACAAGAAUCUAGUGAGGCUCUUGGGAUGUUGCUUAGAAGAAGAUGAAAAGCUUCUAGUCUAUGAAUACAUGGCCAACACUAGUCUCGAUGCCUUCUUAUUCGAUCUAGACAAAUGUAAGGUUCUAAAUUGGGCUAAACGCACAAACAUAGUCAAUGGGAUUGCUAAGGGCCUUCAAUAUCUACAUGAGGACUCUCGGCUGAAAAUCAUCCAUAGGGAUAUGAAAGCGAGUAAUGUGUUGUUGGACGAUGAGAUGAACCCAAAGAUAUCAGAUUUUGGUACCGCUAGAAUUUUCGGGAGCAAUCAAAUACAAGCCAACACUAUCAAAAUCGUGGGUACAUAUGGAUAUAUGGCACCAGAGUACGCAAUGGAAGACCUAUUUUCAAUAAAGUCCGAUGUUUAUAGUUUCGGAAUUCUAAUGAUGGAAAUUGUAAGUGGAAAAAAGAACAGUGACUUCAAUCAUCUAGAGCAUGCACAUAGCCUUCUGUCAUAUGUAUGGCAACUAUGGAAUGAAGGAAAAGGAGUGGAAUUGAUAGAUCAGACCAUAAUUGAUACUUGUCCUAUAAGUGAGGCUCUAAGAUUGAUCCAUAUCGCAUUGUUAUGCGUUCAAGAAGAUCCAAAUGAUAGACCUACAAUGUCAAGGGUCAUUCUCAUGCUUGCAAGCAAAUCAAUAAAUCUUCCUCAGCCAUCAGCACCUCCAUUUUCUGCUGAUAGGUUAAUCAUAUUUGAUCAAUCUUCAACAAUUGCCACUGGAACUGCAACGGGAUUGGUCACAUCUGAUCAAUCUUCAACAAGUGCUUCUAGCUAGUGAAGAGAUUAACCGGAGCAUGCUAUUCAACAAGUAUUUCAUUUUCGUACUAAUAAACCCUACUUCUAUUCCUGUACUAAUAAAUCCUACUUCUAUUCCUGUACUAAUUCUUACAGUUUAAAUAUAUUUGUAUCCGCACGGGAAUUAGAUUGAAUUGCUACAUAUACCAAAUUAUGGAAAACGAAACACAAAGGAGUAGAGCUAUAUCAUCAGAGAUUUUGAUGAGAAAUAUACCUAAUGUAUAUGUAAGUAGCCUCUAUACGGAGAUUUAAUUUCUAUGCAUUUGAAUCUUUGAAGA